AUCGUUCAUUCGCAAGUCUCCUGCAGCAGGUGUCCUGUGCUCCGUUGCGAUUCAUUCGGAAGACUUCUGCUCGUCUUUGCUCCGCAGGCAAAUGGCUCGCUGCACCUUCACCCUGGUCCUUCUCCUAUUGGCCGUUUGCUUCCAUUGCGGAAUGGCCCUGGCUUUGCCCGAUGAGGAGCGGUACGUGCGCAAGGAAUACAACCGGGAUCUACUGGACUGGUUCAACAAUAUGGGUCAGUUCACCCCUGGACAGGUGGCCACCCUCUGUCGGUAUCCGUUAAUCCUGGAAAACUCCCUAGCCGGACCCAUGCCCAUCAGGAAACGGAAUUCUGAGCUCAUCAAUUCCCUGCUCAGUCUGCCCAAAAAUAUGAACGAUGCCGGAAAGUAAAGGAUAAUGGAAUUGGAGUAGGAUGACUGAUUUUGUGCGACCCCACCUUUGGACCCUUGGAACCUGGAUACGGAAUGUAUUAUUUUACGUUUUAAUUAUUGUUUGAGAAAGAA